UAUGAGAUAAGUGGUCGCCAAAUGUCUGCGAUCGCUGGUUCGUUGGUACUGAGUUUACUCGUUUAACUCACGUUGAUGAAUAGUAAUUCCGCUGUAUCCGUUCAUUAUUUUAGUCCGGCGUUACUCUAGUCUUGCACGCGAGACGUACCUAUACUAUUGUUAAACGCAGAUAUAGGGCCGCAUGCGUUUUAAUAGUACAUACAAUAUUUUUUUUAGUUGAUUUUUUUUUUUCUAUUUUUAUUCCAUAAAUUAAUAUAUAUUAAAUAAAUAAUUAAAAAUGUCUACAAGUAAUAACCAAACGGAUCAGAAAAAAGAGGAUGACCAAAAACGCAUAGCCAUGCAACUUAACGGAGUAUCAGGUGAUGAAGGCAAAAUGUCAGACUCUCUCAAAUGGUUCGCGUUCAUGUCGUACGGCGUGGGGCAUGUACUCAACGAUUUGGUUGCCUCCAUGUGGUUCACAUACGCCCUGGUGUUCUAUCACUACGUCAUGCAAUUGUCGAGCAUCAACGCCGGGGCCGUGGUUCUGGUCGGUCAGCUGACGGACGCGGUCGCCACUGCCGCUAUUGGCGUGCUGUCCGAUAACGUCAACGUCUAUUGCACCGAUCGAUACGGCCGCCGAAAGACCUGGCACUUGUUUGGCAGUGUUUUGGUGUUCAUCAGUCUGCCGUUUGCGUUCUCGCCGCCAAUAUUGCCACAGGUCGAGAGCUCAGAGUUGAACACUGCCCUCUACUACUGUUUCUUCAUCGUUUUCUUUCAGAUCGGAUGGGCUUCCAUAGAAAACUCACACAUGGCACUAGCCUCGGACCUGACACCGAUCAGGGACGAACGAACGGCCUUGCUAUCUGUGAGAUAUAGCUUUACCGUUUUUUCAAACAUCCUGGUGUAUGUGGUCACGUGGAUCGUACUCAGGAGCAACAACGCGAACAAAACACAGUUCGGUCCUUCGGAACGAAAAGAAUUCCAAAUAGUUAUAUUGGUGAUUAUGAUUGUUGGAGCUAUGACUACUAUAAUAUUCCACAUUGGUGUACGUGAACCCCUGGCUAAUAACCGUAUGAAUCGAGAACUUCUGAUGACCGAAACUGAAGCUGAACGUGCUGCCAAUAGUUUUUGGUCCAUGUUCAAACGUUUUUCUCUUUACCAAACGGCUGUUGUAUAUAUGUGUUCUCGAAUUACAGUCAAUAUGACUUUGGUAUUUUUGCCAAUGUAUUUGCAAGACUAUUUAAAACUGACUGCAGAAAAACUAGCAUUGUUACCAUUGAUAAUGUUCCUUAGCAGUUUUGGUAUGUCGUUCCUCAAUAAGUUCAUGAAUAUGAAACUUGGUAGAAAGAUUACAUACUCCUUCGGUGUAUUGUUGUCUUUGGGUUCAGCGAUGUGGGUUUACUUUGGCAAUAGUUCUACAUUUGCUAAUUAUCAAAUUUAUGCAGUUACUGUAAUAAUAGGUAUUGCUUGUUCAGUCAUAUUAGUUACAAGUCAAGCAUUAACUACAGAUUUUAUUGGUGAUAAAACCCAUCGUGGUGCUUUCACAUUUGGAUUGAUGAGCUUCACUGAUAAAGUAUGUAAUGGAGCUGUAGUUAUGGCAGUGCAGUCUUUGCAUUGUGAAACUUGCCCAACUUACUAUCGCGAUAUCAUGGUUUACAAUUGGACGAUUCCAUCAUGUUUGGCAUUUAUUGCUGCUAUUAGUUUGCCAUAUGGUGGACGCCCUAAUACAACUGUUGUUGAUAUUCCACAAACACAACCGAGUAAUACUUUGGAUCAAUCGAAAAAAAAUCAAAUAGAAAAAGGACUUGAAGCUCUACCUAAUACAGUAGGUUCAUGACCAAAUAAUUAAUCUAGUCAUUACAACAAUGAUUGACAAUGUAUGGUAUCUGUUUAGUUUUUAUAAAUUAUAUCAUUGAAUUACAGUAAACAAGUAACUAUGUAUUUUUAAUU